AUGGCGAGAAAGCAACACCGGUCUAGAAAACCAUACCAAUGUGGCCAGCAAUCGGCCGCCCGCAGUUCUGAGCAACCCAAGGCACAGAGCAACAACACCUACGCAGGUCUAGACGACGGUUUUGAGGAAGAUGGCGAAUGCAAUGCCCACUUGACCAAGCGAUCCAGCAAUGCUGUGUCACACCGCCGACGCAACCCGCAAGUCCCCGACGACAGAAUUCCCGAGUCUGUGCCGACACGAGUAAAUGAAGACAUCCGCAAAUACUAUGAAGCCGCCAAUACGCCUGUCGCAGGUGCCGGACCCUGGCUCGACAAGCCUGAGAUCCCGCAUCCGACGGAGAUCCUGCCGGAGGAGCCGUCAUUCACCACGAUUGAGACGCUGAUCAAGACGGGUGAGGGACCGCGACCAAAGAAGAUAGACGGGCCAUACGACAGCACUAAGGACUAUCUACGCACCGAGUACGAGCUUCUGCGCGAAGAUGCCCUGCGACCGCUGCGCGAGGCCGUAGCUGAGGUGCGCAAAGAUGCGUGGAAAGAUGAGGCCCAGUAUGAUAAAGGUGUUGGCAUCUACGAGCCCGUGUACAUUACCGCGCUUGUGUUCAGUCCCCGAGGACUGGCAACGCGCGUGGCAUUUUCUAUGUCGCGCGUCAAGAAGCACAUUCGUUGGGAGCAGUCCAAGCGUCUCAUCACCGGUACUCUGGUCGCCUUGUCACCCUUCGGCGAUGCCUUUCAAACGACUUGCAUACUAGCUACAGUUGCCGCCCGACCCUUGUCAGCAUUACAGCAGAAUGCGCCGGAGAUUGACCUGUUUUUUCCUCACUACCAUCAACCAAUCGAUCCUAUGCAGAAGUGGAUCAUGGUCGAAUGCCGUUCCAGCUUCUUCGAAGCCAGCCGGCACACACUCAUAGCGCUUCAGCACAUGAUGAGGGAACCUUUCCCACUCUCAGAACACCUUGUCGAUUUAAAAAUGGAAGUUGAGCCUCCUGCAUAUAUCCAGAACAACCCUUAUGUCGAUCUCAGUACCCUGGUCAGUAUGGAAGAGGCGUCAAGUUUCCAGAAUGUGAACGUGCUGAAAGAGUGGCCCGCCAGUGAUGCAACCUCGCUUGAUAAUUCUCAAUCACGAGCAUUGCAGCGCAUGCUUACUCGCAGGGUAGCUAUCGUACAAGGACCGCCUGGUACUGGCAAGACAUUUGUCUCUGUCAAGGCCAUGCAGGUCCUCCGCGAUAACUUGCGCAAGGACGACGCGCCGAUCAUCGUCACUGCGCAGACAAACCACGCCGUCGAUCAGAUAUUGCGGCAUACUCGGUCAUUCGAACCCAACUACAUUCGACUGGGUGGCCGCAGCAAGGAUCCGGACAUCAAGAAGCGCACUUUGUUCGAGGUUCGUUCCGCCGCACCUCCGCAGAAGCAUCCCCACAGCCAAAAGACGCAGACUAUGGCUGCAAUGAGAAAGGCCAAGGUCGCCUGCCAGAGUCUGCUAGCGCCACUCGAAAUGGGCAAAGGUGCAUUGGAUCAUCGUGUGUUGAGGCGAUUGGGCUUAUUUACAAAGGACCAGGCAGAGUCGUUGGAGGUGGAUGACGACUCCAUUCUCGGCCCAUCGCAAGACGCUCCAGGCGAGUUGAUGCAACAGUGGCUCGGCAAGGCGUUGACAGAAUGUCGGCGUCCGGCUGGGCCAGAUGACUUUGGCUGGGAGUGGGAAGAGGAAGACCUCGAGAUCGAACAGCUGCAAGAGCUUGAGGCCGAGGCUUCUGCACAGGACGACGAGGACAUUGAAGCCCUCCGAGGGGAAGUUCUCAUGCUAAGCGAUAACUACAGGGGCAAGGGCAGUGGCAUCCUAAAAGACCAAGAGGUCCAGGAGAUUCUUGCUACCAUGCCAGACCUAACGAUGAUCGAGUACGCCAACCGCGGACACAUCUACAACUACCUGAUGCGCCAGAUGAAGAAGCUCUUACUGGCGGAAGUGCGCAAGGUCGCGAAAGACUACGACGAAGUCGUCCAGCAGCGUCGUGUUGGGCUGUGGGAAGAGGAUGUCAAUCUUCUCAGCAAGCAGCGGAUCAUUGGCAUGACAACGACCGGUUUGUCGAAGUACCGCGCACUUAUCGCUGCUCUCCGACCGCGAGUCGUGCUUGUCGAAGAAGCUGCGGAGACUAUGGAGGCACCUGUCACCGUAGCUUGCUUGCCAACACUCGAACACCUUAUCCUCGUCGGAGACCACCAGCAACUCAGGCCGCACACUCAGGUCAAAGCAUUCGAGAAUGCUCCGUACCACUUGAAUCUAUCGAUGUUCGAGCGUUUGGUCAUAAACGAGGUUGAGUUUGACCAGCUCACUCGACAGCGCCGUAUGAUCCCAGAGAUUCGACGCCUACUUACUCCCAUCUACAACGACACGUUGAAAGACCAUGCCAGUGUUAAGGAUCCGAACAACCAACCUUCGAUCAUGGGCAUGGGUGGAGUCAACUCAUACUUCUUCACUCAUGAGUGGAAUGAGGCAAGGGAUGCUUACUCGUCCUGCUUCAACGAGCCCGAAGCCAAAUUCAUUGUAGGAUUUGUUGACUACCUAGUGCUGAAUGGCGAAGCACCUACGGGGAUCACAGUACUAACCUUCUACAACGGCCAACGCAAGCGCAUCAUUCACCUGCUCCGAUCACAUCCGAAUCUUCGCACGUACCCUGUCAAAGUGGUGACUGUAGACUCAUAUCAGGGAGAAGAGAAAGUGAACCUCCUGGGCGCGAUCGGAUCCAUGCUGACUGUGACUGCCAGGAAUGACAUCGUUCUUCUGUCACUUGUCCGAUCGAACAAGCACCACGUGAUCGGCUUUCUUUCAAACGACAACCGUGCAUGUGUUGCACUGUCCCGGGCGAAACGCGGCUGCUACCUUUUCGGCAACGCUGAGCUUCUCGCCUGCGAAUCUGGGACGUGGGGCGAGGUCGUGACCAUCAUGUACAAGACCAAAGUCCCAAAAGCCAGGGCGAAGAACAGUCAGGAGCGCCGCAUCGGCUACUGCUUCCCGCUUCAAUGUACGCAGCAUCAGCGCAAAGUUUGGUUAGAGUAUGUCGAUGACUGGGACCUUAUUCAUGGUGGUUGCGAUUACAAGUGCAAAGGUAUUUUGUCGUGCAGCCACCCGUGCCCUUACAGAUGUCAUCCGUUUGAACAUGAUCAGAUCAACUGUAUGAUGCAGUGCUCGACCAAACUGACCUGCGGUCAUCGCUGCAUGGAGCUGUGUUCUGACCCUUGCAAGUGUCAGACUUGCGAUCGACGCGCUGGCGGUCAUCGAUCUAUGCUAAAGCCUGCCGCCAACAGUGUAACUUCAUCCCGCCCGCCUUCCUCGACAUCGCGAAAUCUUCUUCUCGACUCCGGCUUCCAGGCCCCGGCGAACCCACCUCCGCCAUCAGGAUCGCCCGAUAAGUGGCACGCCUAUGUAAACGGCGGUGCACAGGCAGAUGACGCUCAGCUGCUGCAGAAGCGCAGGGAAGAAGAAGCCGCGUUCCAGGAGGCUCGCCGCAAUGGAACGCUUCAGUCUGCUGCUGCAGCUGCAGCAGCCACAGGUGCUGGCACGAGUACGUCUGGCAAGCUGAUCGAGACAUCGCCUCGAAAGCCUUCGGCAUCCGUCUCCGGUAAUACCAGCUUGCUGGUGGACCUCGACAUCAAUAGUAACUACGAGUCUUACCAGCCGCAGCCAUCGAGGGGAUCGUAUGCGAUUGCUGCGAGGUCCAACAAGACGAUCUAUGGAGGAUCGGAGUGGAGCCUUCUUGACUAAGUAUGGCGAUGAUGACACAACAAGCGGAGGUUUUCAAGCCGUUGCAGCAAUCGAUCUGCACCACACCGUCCAAAUAGCGCGUUGAUAAUCUUUAACGCAAUUGAG